GAUGCACAAAAAUAUCACAGCGUAUCUAUAAAGCAAAUCAGAGGUAUACAGCUCUUGAUGAUCUGAUUCAGAGAACUCCAAUUGCUUCUUCGAUGGAUGCAGCAGAACAGAAGUCAUCGUUUUGCUAUAUAUUUGCAGUCAUUGGAGCAGCCCCUGAGAGUGCUCUAGUCACCCAUCUUCCUGGAUUCAAUGGCACUUUUCCUUCCAAACACUAUUCUGGGUAUAUAACUGUGGAUGAGAGUCAUGAGAGAAAACUAUUUUACUACUUUGUUACUUCGGAGAGGAACCUAUCGAAGGAUCCAGUUGUUCUAUGGCUUAAUGGUGGACCAGGCUGCUCUAGCAUGGAUGGUUUUGUGUAUGAGCAUGGCCCAUUCAACUUUCAAAAAGCAAAUAAGCCUGGAGCGUUACCCCGACUGCAUCUCAAUCCACACAGCUGGUCCAAGGUAUCAAACAUCAUCUAUUUGGAUUCUCCUGCAGGAGUUGGAUUUUCUUACUCCAACUUUAAGGAGGACUAUAGAACUGGAGACUUAAAGACUGCAUCUGAUUCACACAGCUUUCUCCUAAAGUGGUUUGAGCAAUACCCAGAGUUCCUUUCUAACCCAUUUUACCUAGCUGGAGAGUCAUUUGCUGGAGUUUAUGUGCCAACUCUUGCUUCUGAAGUUGCAAAAGGAAUUAGAGAUGGUUUGAAGCCCUUUCUCAACUUCAAGGGUUACAUGAUUGGUAAUGCUGUCACGGAUGAAGUAAUUGAUGGCAAUGCUUUUGUACCGUUUGCCCAUGGGAUGGGUCUCAUCUCAGAUGAUCUAUAUGAGGAAACCGUGAAAACCUGUAAAGGAAACUACAGUAGUCCUUAUUAUGGUGCCUGUGGAGAUUUGCUUCUAAAAAUUAACGAUGACAUCAUGGACCUAAACAUAUACGACAUUCUUGAGCCCUGCAACCACAACCCAGCAGCUGGAAAGAUCGCAGAUGGUAACAUCAAGUUACCUGAUAGCUUCAAGCAUUUAGGUGAGACUGAGAGGCCUCUUGCUGUGAGGAAGAGGAUGUUUGGUCGUGCUUGGCCAUAUGGAGCUCCUGUGAGAGAUGGGUUAGUUCUGACAUGGCCACAGAUCCUGAAUGGUGUCAAUGUUCCAUGCACUGAUGCUAGUGUUGCAACUGAAUGGCUGAACAAUGCAACAGUAAGGAAAGCAAUUCAUGCUGAACAGGUGAGCGUCAUUGGUGCAUGGGCACUAUGUGUAGAUCUCAUUUAUAUUCAUGAUGCUGGAAGCAUGAUCAAGUAUCACAAGAAACUCACUGCUCUCGGUUAUCGAGCUCUUAUUUACAGUGGAGAUCAUGAUAUGUGCGUUCCAUAUACUGGGAGCGAAGUAUGGACUAGAUCACUUGGAUAUAAAAUUAUAGAUGAAUGGAGGCCUUGGUAUUGCAAUGAGCAAGUUGCCGGGUACACCCAAGGCUAUGCCAAAAACCUCACAUUUCUCACUAUAAAGGGCUCUGGACAUACUGUACCUGAAUACAAGCCAGUAGAGGCAUUGGCCUUUUAUAGCCGUUGGUUGGAAGGACAAAAAAUAUGAACAAAUUUGAAGAAUUGGAUAUACGGGAGAGCAGUAUUAUUAAUGUUCUCCCUGUAUUUGUUAUCCUUAUGUUGAGUAUGGAAGAAGACGUCUUGAUUUAUAAUGAAUAAAGAGAUUCAUUUUUUGAUUAAAA